UGCCCGUCCCAUCGUACCUUAUUCUAUUAUUCUUACAUGUCUACUUAUGGGAAAAAAUAUAUUUCUGAAGUGAGAUAAUUUAACAAUGGAAAAAGAACAAGAGAGAUAUAUCAUCUAGACACGCGGUAGCGUUUCCAGCCAAGUGCAAAGAAAAAGGAACUGGCACGUAGCAACCGUGUAUAAUAUUACACGAACCAUUUCGAGCUAUUUUUGACCCCUUCACAACCUAUUUAACUUACACACAUGAAAUUUGGCAAAUUCAUUCAAGUACCUUAGCUUGUCUAAAAUAAAAAAAUCGUAAUUGUAGCUAAAACAGAUAUUGAUAAAUUAUCGUUUAAAAACCGGCAUUUUUGUGGCUGACUGACAUAUAGAUCUAAAACCUAACCCACUUCUAGAUGACCUAGAAACUGGAUAUUUGGCACGAACGUAUACAAAAGAAAAAAUUUGGAAACUGAUUUUUUUUGACAAUUGACCUCCUGUUAGCGAGAGUCUCCUCUUCAGCUUGGGCAAAACUACUUUAAUGAUUAAUACAGCAAUUUAUGUACAAGAAGUAAUGAUAUCCCACAAAAACAUAAAUGUGAAAUGAGAGCCAAAUUCUGUGCUGUGUAAAAAAUCCUGAAAUUAUAAAGGACUAGCUUUAGCCCGCGGCUUCGCCCGCGUAAAGUAAAAAAAAGGUUCUCAGUUUGACCCAUAUGUUUGUAUGAACGCAUGCAGGUAUGUAUGUUUGUCCGCGAUUAUUAUGUUUAGAAUCAUGUUCUGAAAAAUGCAUGAAGUAUUCCACAACUUUAUACUUGUUAAAGUACUUUCUUAUGAACAAUAUUUUUAGCCAUGUUUGAAAGUGGGAGCAAUAGAACCUAACUUUGAGGUGAACUUACACGGGAGCCCGCCACAUAGAACUGACUGUGGGAGAAACAGUCCUGUCGUAGUAUCUAUUAGGAUAACGCGGGUCUCGUUCCAUAUCUCAAAAGCUAAAAAAGAACCCUUAUAGGAUCACGUGUGGCUAUCUGUCAAUCCAUCUGUUACAACCGAUUUGCUCCGAAACUACUGGACCGAUUGAUUGAAUUGUAAUUUGGCAAAAAUACUUUCAACAUUUAUCAUGUACACAAUAUUAAAUUUUAAAAUUUUCGUAAAUAACGUCCCAAAUAACCAUAAAGCGACACCCAUAUUAAUAUUUAGUAAUUUCAACCCCAUCGCACCCCAACAGGGGAUGUGUAUUUCACGUCCACCUCGUUAGAUUUUACAAUCGUUGUUAUUUUCGUAAUCAGCGACCCGAUAAACCAUAGAAAUAAUACCCAUGUUGAUUUUUAGACUUCGUCACCAUAUUUUCCCCUUUUAGGGGUUGAAAUCUCAAAACCUGAAACACGUGUUUACUCAUUUACCGUUAGGAAUACUCUUGUAAAGUUUCGAAUAAAAUAGUCUAACUAAUCUUGUUUCCCCAUACAAACUUUGGACCUCCAUUUUACCCCCUUAGGGGGUGAAAAUUGAAAAAUCCUUUCUUAGUGCACCUCUAGACCUUCGAAAGAACCUACGUGCCAAACUUGGGAUCUCUAGAACCAGCGGUUUAGGCUGUGCGUUGAUAUGUCAGUCAGUCAGUUUCUUCUUUUAUAUAUUUAGAUUUGUCUUGGCUAGUUUUAAAGUAUAGGCUGUUAUAUUUGACUAUUACUUUUCUAAAAUUUGGUUUGUUGUUAAAAACUAGCCAAGUCAAAUCCCUAUUCAGGAUUUUCUACACAGCACAGAACUUGGCACCCAUAUAGAUCUUAAAUCUUUUUUCGGCGAGUCAACAACUACGCAUAUUCUUAUGAUUGAACCUUGCUCUCAUUUCACAUAUUUGUGUUUUUGUUGGGAUUAAAAAUAACAUAAGUUUAUGGUUUAUAUUUUUUUAGAUUACAGCGCCGUCUUCAUUAAGCUUUUCGGAUUUACCCUCAUUGUGUCAGAGGUAGAACACCGGAAAAGUUUAAACGCACUCGCGUGGUCCCACGCCCCGUUUCGCACAAUACGAUUAUUCAUUGUUACCCGGGACAUUAGGAAACUCUUGCGCAUAUGGCAAAUAGAGAGCUACAUAAUUACUCUUAGGCAAAUAUAGUUUACUGUCCAAAUUUCAUCACCGACCUAUAUAGGUACGUAGGGUACCGAGAACUGGUAGGUAUACCCAGAUAACGUUUAAUUUAUUGAUCGUGCUGUUUGUUAGUAACACUUAUCUACCUCAUACCGUACCUAUUUAUAUAUUUACAGUAUGUAUGUUCAGUAUGCCUGCAUAGAAAUUUGUUGGUAGGGGGUCCGUUAUCCCUGCAGCUCACUGUACGCUUUUUACUUGAUCAGUAUUUCGAGUUUAAUUAUGUACUUAUGUUUAAUGUAUGCACGGCCAGUGUCGUGCGCCUUUGAGUUCAGGGCCGUUAUUCUUAUUAAUACCCAGGAAAUAGGAGUAUCCUUAGUCGAAUAACCAUCAUAAGGGAUCUCCCAUUACACAUAACUAUGAAGAGCCUCAGGGUAACUUAUACUGGUGCGCCUGAGAAGGGAGUUUGGCAGGCGUUACGAAGAACAGACAUACCGUGUAUAGUCGAACGACCUUCCUGCCUUAAAUGUUUUUUUUUUUAAUUUUGCUCAGUUCGUAACCAAAAACAAGUGUAACCGGACAUUAUUCUUGCUGUUUCAAUAUGGCUCGCGACGAGUUUUCCAACUGCGAAUCGGAUAUACGGUUGGAGGGAAAAGUAGCCCUCGUGACAGGAGCAACGUCCGGCACUGGGCUGGAAGUGGCCAAGAACUUGGCCAAACGAGGGGCCAAGGUCAUCAUAGCCAGUCGAAACCCUGCCAAGUUGGCAGACGCGAGGAAUAUAAUUACAAACGCGGCAAAACACAAGAACGUUGUCGCCAGAACCUUGGAUUUUGAGUCACUGACGUCUGUGAGGACAUUUGUACAUGAGACAAUGAUGCAAGAGCCAAAGUUGGACAUUUUAAUUAAUAACAUUGGUGCCAUUGGUCUGGAAGAUAGACUGACAGAAGAUGGCCUUCAGACUAUGAUGCAAGUUAACUAUUUUGGUUCGUUUCUGCUUACAUUUCUGUUAUUCCCACUUUUGAAGGCGUCUGCACCGAGUAGAGUGGUCAAUGUAUCCUCUCUUGCGUUGGUUCUUGGCUUUAUAGACUUCGAACACAUGAACGAUGUUGGCAAAUACACCAAUUUUCAAUAUUAUUGUAACGCUAAGCUAGGAAACAUACUCUUUACAGUGGAAAUGGAUAAGAGGAUCAAAGGCCAAGGCGUGAAUGUGUACAGUAUGGAUCCAGGACUAGGAAAGUCGGAAUUCUUCAGACAUCUGGAUAAUGAGGCUUUGAAGACGUUGUUGAAUGCUGGUUUGCAGCUGAUUGGGCGGCCGUUGGACAGGGUGGCCACAAUGCCGGUGUAUUUGGGGAUAGAUCCAAGGGUGGAAAACGACAGCGGAAAGCACUUUAGAGACUGUAUGCUGUUCUACAGUAGUUGGUUUGCGAAUAACACGGCAUUGACAAGCAACUUAUGGGAGGAAACGAAGCGACUGGUCGGAAUUACGGAAGAAGAAGAUUGGGAGAGACAGAAAUUGUGAAAUUUAAUUUGGAAGACGGUAGUUAACUUGUGAAAAGUCCUGAUCCAUCAAAAAAAUGUUGCUUAUUUUUAAUGGAUUGUUUGUUUGUGUGAGUUUAAGCGAAAUUAGCGAAAAUAUAAUAAUAUAUUUCGUAAAUUGGUUUUUAUGUUACAGGUCUAGUUCACUUUAGUCAAGACUAGCGUCUGUCCCUCAAGUAAAUAAGUUGAAUACCGCUUAAGAGUCCCCGGCAAGCUCGGCCGAUUUUCACCUUCCAAUACAAACGGAGUUUCGUUCUCAUUUUAAAACUACGUGUUGUAUUGUAAUUAAACUUUACACAUACAAUAACAUUAGGUAAGUAUAUGUAUGGCUGAAAUUAGUUUAAAGUGCUCCACCUUAUAAAACAAACGAAAUAGAGCAAUAACAAGUUUGUAUGAAAUUUUAAAUUCGCUGUAUCUUUUAACUGUGGUAUCUGAGGCUACAUAAACUAAUUACAGCCCUAGAUCUAUCUUAUCCUACUGUAAGUACAAAGUUUCAGACCAAUCUAGCUAGUCGUUUUAAAAUGAGAGCGAAGCUACGUUUGUCUGGAGAACCGAGCUUGCUGGGGACCCUUAACUAUAACAUAUUUCGAUCCAUUAUGAGGAUCUCCAACAGUAAUAACACUCAUGUAAGUACGUGAGUGACCAAUAGAUUCCGCCGAAACUAACUUUGAUAGAACAAAGACCGACUUGAAUUGAACAAAGUGAGGAGUGUCAUUAUAAACGUCAUAUUUUCAUAGAAAUUUAACAUUAAUAAUGACACAACCAUACUUUGGCAUUUCAAAUGUCGUAUAGAGUUCGCUUGAUCUAUCUAUAUUUCAAUAUGUCCAAGUUUCACGAGUUUUCUAGGUAAAAAAUACGAAUAUUAGCUAAGCUCACGCGGUAGUAUUUAUUUCACGGGGGCAGUAUUUGAGCAUCUCGCGCUCGCACUCGCUUCCGUGUUACUUACGUAAACAUACACAGUGGCCUAAGGCAUGAGAGACCGCGAUGGUGGCAUACGAGCACACGGCUGUCUUGAUGGUUAGUUAUUAAGCUAGUAAAAAUACAUGUAGUUCAUUCUAAAUUUAUUUUGUAAGUAUGCAUGGAAAUAAAUUAAUAUUUGUAUGCUUUCUUUAGCUGUCAAAAAUGUUCUAUAAAAAAAAUAGUUCCAGUGCUGAGGGAAUUAAAGACCCGAGUUUGCAAUAUUCUUGCCCACGGAGUUACACACAAACAUGUUUUUCAUCACACUUGCGAAGAUGAAACUAAGUUUUAAGCGAAUAAUACGGUGACAUAUCAAACAAUCGUCCGCCAUUUUGUUAUUUCUUGACAGGUUGGGCAAUAUAGACCUAUUCGACAUUCAGCCACGAUUGAAAACUGUGUAAAAAUAUUUAGUUAAAUUAAUCAAAUUAAAUAAUUUUAAACACACACAAAAUAUUAAGUUAUAAACGUCAGUAUUUUAAAAGUAAAACUCAUUCACUCCCUAGGGAGUUAUAGCUUUUUUUCACAAUCCACUGUUACCGCGGGAACAAAAUACGAGUAUAUCUUUGUCCUUCAGUACACCUGCAUUAAAUAAGAUCUUUUUCGAGCAAGUGUAAUAUAAAAUAUUUUAAAUUAAAAAUCAAAAAAAGGUUUUUACCAACAUUUAUUCUCUUAUAUUCUUUACUAAACUUCUAUAAUCAAAUCUGCAAGUUUGUAAAAUUUGACCCUCAUCCCAUUUUAUUGUAUCUAUAAAAUGAGCCAAUGAGAGAUAGAAGGUCAGAUCUCCCUAUCAGUUUAACGUUUAAGUCCACCUGAAUGAAGAAUACUUAGGCAUCUAGUCGUAUGUAACAAAAAUGCUGUAGUAAAAAUAAGCCAUCACCACAAUUUUUUUGGAAUAUUUAAAUACGACCAUUAUUUUUAUUAUGACCUGGCAAA